CUCCGGCUCGUUUUGAUGUCGUCAGCAGUAAGCGACGGGACAGCAGGCAGGCAGACGGCAGAGAUGGCUGCUCCCGGGGAGCGGAGCGGUGGCGGACGGAGCACCGGCUGUCCGCGGGCGGUGAAGUCGUGGUGGCGCCUCGCGGUGCUUCUCCUCUCCGUGUCCUCCCUGCCGGCGGUCUCGGCGUUGGUGGAGGGUCUGUACUGUGGGAAGGAGGUGUGCUACGACGUGCUCGGUGUCACUCGGGAGACCUCCAAGUCGGAUAUCGCCCGGGCUUACCGUCAACUGGCCCGGCGGUACCACCCGGACCGGUUCAGGCCGGGGGAGCCGGGCUUGGAGGGGGAGACCCAGGAAUCUGCACACACCAAGUUCCUGCUCAUCGCGACCGCGUACGAGACGUUAAAGGAUGAGGACACGCGGCGGGACUACGACUACAUGCUGGACCACCCUGAGGAGUACUACCAGCACUACUAUGCCUACUACCGCCGACGGCUCGCUCCCAAAGUGGACGUCCGGGUCGUCGUCCUGGUCACCAUUUGUGCCAUCUCCAUCUUCCAGUACUACAGCUGGCACAGCAGCUACAACGAGGCCAUCAACUACCUGAUGACCGUUCCCAAGUACCGCAUCCAGGCCACGGAGAUCGCCAAGCAGCAAGGCCUCCUCAACCGCACCAAGGAAAAAGGCAAGAACCGACGCUCCAAGGAGGAGAUCCGGGAGCAGGAGGAAGAGGUGAUCCGCGACAUCAUCAAAAACAAGAUAGACAUCAAAGGGGGUUACCAGAAGCCCAACCUGUCGGACAUCCUACUGUGUCAGAUCGUGCUCUUCCCGUACUACCUGACCUACUACGUGGCGUGGUACGUGUCCUGGGUGUACCGCUUCACCAUCUGCAGAGAGGAGUAUGGAGAUGAGGAGAAGCUCUACAUCAUCAGGAGGUACAUGAAGCUGUCCCAGACUCAGUUUGACCGCCUGGAGGAAAGCACCAAGCGGACCUUCCUGGACAAACAGCUCUGGAUCAAAGAAAACUUCGAGGUGUACAGAAAAGAGCAGGAGGAGGAGAUGAAGGUGAAGAUGGCAACCGACACGAGGAUGAAGCGGUACCGCCGCUGGAUGAAGAACGAGGGGCCGGGCCGGCUCACCUUCAUCGACGACUGAGCGGCACAGAAAGCAUCCUCGAUGACAGACACGCCUGCCUCGGUGCCAACACACACACAGAGGGUCGCCGCGCUGUGUGAGAAACGUACCUGUACAGAAAGAUUAUAUAGCAGAGAUAUUUUCAUAGCAUUCGGACCUCUGACAGGACGACGGAGGGAAUGAACUGUGAGCUGAAGCUUGAGAUUUUCAGUAAUUUUUUUAUAUCAUGGCUAUUUUUAAUUAUGUUUUUGUUUUCCAAACUAAGUAGAGGGAAGUUUAAUAAUGAUUCAGUAAUUUUUUUUAUUAGUAUUUUUGGUUUUCUCCUGCUGGUAAAAACACAUUGAGUGACUUUUGGAGCCUGAGGUGUUAUUAAGUGAUUUUCUGUUGGAUGAAUAACCAGGCGGCUGCUGGUUAUUAUACCAAAGUGUCCUUUGGUAAGACAGCGACGGUUAGAAACAUCAAUCAGAAGCUGUUUGAGCGCAUAAGAAACAGCUUCAGUACGUUAUUUCUUCCAGGGCUUUUCUGUCUCUGAUGUGCUGCUGAAGCUUUUUUUAUCUGAAGAAAAUGAGACGUGGUGUUUUGGUAUACAUUUGUGUAAAUGGAAACCAAAGUCACAGCUGCGGUUUCACAACAGCUGAUCUUUGUCACUCGCUGACUCUUUUUAUCAUCAUCGCUCUCCUCAGAAGUUCAGGUGGCUGCUUACUGUUUACUGCAUUUCAGAGGUUGAUUUUACUGUGUUAUUUAUUGUUUCCACGUUUUGUUUUUUUCAGUGGCAAAGCGAAAUUAAAGUCACUCUGAAAUUAA